CCUUCCCUCCACUCAUUCGUUCCGCGACGCGUCGUCUCGUCGGCCGGCUUCCGCCACUUACUCACCCGGGCUCAUUCUCGACGCGUCUGUUAAGCGCAUCGCUCACACCGCAGCCCUUACAGAAAUUAAAUAGACAUGACGGAAAGCACAGAAACCACGGCGGCCCCUGCGGCGGAGAAGACUCCCACUGAAAAUGGCACCACCGAAACCCCGCCGGAGGAGACUCCCGAAAAGGCAUCCGAGGAGAAAGAAAAAGAGACCCCUCCGCCCAAAGAAAUGCGCGCUGUCGUCCUUACCGGCUUCGGUGGUCUCAAAACCGUCAAGAUUCUUAAAAAACCGGAGCCGACUAUCGGAGAGGGCGAGGUGCUGAUUCGUGUAAAAGCUUGUGGCUUGAACUUCCAAGACCUGAUAGUGCGUCAGGGUGCCAUCGACUCCCCGCCAAAGACUCCAUUCAUCCUUGGCUUUGAGUGCGCUGGUGAGAUCGAGCAGGUUGGUGAGGGGGUGACCAACUUUAAGGUUGGCGAUCAAGUAGUUGCCCUUCCGGAGUACAGAGCAUGGGCGGAGUUGGUCUCCGUGCCAGCUCAAUACGUGUACGCCCUGCCCGAGGGUAUGACUGCGCUGGAUGCGGUGGCGGUUACCACCAACUACGUGGUGGCUUAUCUGCUGCUGUUCGAGAUGGCCAAUCUCACUCCGGGCAAGAGCCUACUCGUGCACUCCGCCGGCGGUGGCGUGGGCCAAGCCGUGGCGCAACUUGCAAAGACCGUAGACAACGUGACGGUGUUCGGCGUGUGCUCCAAGACGAAGCACGAAGCGCUUAAGGCCAACAACAACAACAUUGACCACCUACUCGAGAGGGGCAGCGAUUACACCAAUGAAGUCAGAAAGAUUUCCCCUGAUGGUGUGGAUAUUGUGCUGGACUGCCUGUGCGGCGAGGAAUGCAACCGUGGCUACCAGUUACUGAAGCCAAUGGGCCGGUAUAUUCUCUAUGGUUCUUCUAACAUCGUGACCGGCGAGACCAAGAGCUUCUUUAGCGCUGCUCGUGCUUGGUGGCAAGUGGACAAGGUGUCUCCGAUCAAGCUGUUCGACGAGAACAAGAGCCUCGCAGGGCUGAACCUGCGGCACCUGCUCUUCCAGCACGGGCGUGCGGACUACGUGCGCCGCGCUGUAGACAACGUGUUCGCGCUCUGGGGCCAGGGCAAGGUCAAGCCGCUCGUUGACUCCACCUGGGCACUUGAAGACGUCGGCGAGGCUAUGCAGAAGAUGCACGAUCGCAAGAACAUUGGCAAGCUAGUUCUCGAUCCUUCUCUCGAGCCGAAGCCGAAGCCCGCCACGCCCGCCAAGGGCAAGGCCGGCAAGGAGAAGAAACCCGCCAAAGAGAGCUCCGAAGAGAAGAAGGACAAGGAGGCUAAGGACGAAGACAAGAAGGCGGCAGAAGACGGCCAGAAGAACGGCGAGAAGAACGGUGAGGACCCACUCACUAACGGUAACAGUGACGAAGAGUCGAAGGAGAAAGAGAAGGAGUCUAGCUGAAUUCGUCCAGAAGCCUGGAGCCAACGAACCACCGCCGAUUCAUUAUUUUAGAGUUGAAGCUGAUGUUAGGAUGGCACGCAUCGCCACCGCCACCGCUUGCACACGGCGCGCGCGCGCGGCCGCCAUUACUGUGUUGCCUCAUGUUUUAUUAUGUUUAAUCUAAAAUAAAUAAGUCUGACCGCGGCCCUGUUCAAUUCUUUUAUAGCUUUCAAACAUUUAACAGAAUCGAACAUGGUCGAUAAUUUUUAUUCUUAAAUUAGUUUAGUUCGUAUUCCAUUUUUCACCACAUUCUAUUUUUUUUAUUUCCAUUAAAUUAACGGACGAAAUAGGAUUUGACAGAGGACAGCGAAUUAGCAAUGAAUUCUAUAACGGUUUAAUUUUUUUUAAUCUGGCCUAAGUUAUGAUUGUUUUUAAACUCACAAAUCUUUUAUAGUUUAAUGUUUAAGACCUUAUUUUAAGAUGAGAUAUUUUAAUCAGCAGUUAUUUUGAAUGGCUAUUAUAUAUCUAAGGUGCAGAGAUGCUUAAUGUUUAUGUAUGUUAAGCUUUAAUAUUUUAUUAGUAAAUGUUUAAAAUUUGGCCCUUGAGACCCGACCCAGGCCGGGCUCGCCCCGCGCCCCUCGCCCCUCUACACGCCCCGCCGCCCGCACUCCGCCCCCGCUGCUGCACAUCACUCAUAUUUCUAUCUUCAAUCUUACGUGUGAUAUUUUGUAGUAGGUGUGUCGAAUAUUUUGCGGUUCUAUAACAUGACAUUAUUUUCUAUUGAGCUAAAAAUGCGAUUUAGUAUUUUAUAUUUAUAUUUUUAUACUUAGAAGUUUUGUAAAUUAUUUUCUAGUUAAGAAAUUUCCCCUGAAAGUUAAACUUGUGCACCGGUCAUUGUGGGGUAUAGUUUGGAUCGGAUCAAGGCUUGACGUCUCGAUGUACCUCCGAGGCGCGUUAGAUAGUUUCUUAUGGGACGAGCUCGUUGGAAUCUAACGUAUUGUGAAGUACCGUAGCAGUCUAAAAAUUCAAAUAAAAUUCAACUUAAUCAAUGGCACCUAAGAUAUAAGUCAUAUUUUUGUAACCGAAUGACUACGAUUAGAUCUCUCGAUAUAAAAUGUUUUCUUACGUACCUUUACACACAAAUAUAUCACAUAUCUAACCAUAAUAACUCUCACACAACGUAUAUUAGGAUAAUAUUUUGAUACCAAUAUUCACUGCAUUUGUUUUUGAUAAAACUAGCAUAUUUUAAACUAUUUCCGUAACGAUCGUUUUGAUAAGAUUGUAAGUAUACUUUUAUCGGCAUAAUGUACAGUACGGUCGUAGUGUACUCAGUACUAGAGAACGAUGUAUCUGUAAAGACAUAUCAUACGGAUAUAAAAUAAUCAGUGAGAGGCUGACUGUAGUCCGGAACCGCCGAAGUGUAACGAGGCCGUAGAGGUUCCGCCGCGACCGCCGCGACCGACGCGUUCUGCUCAAAUAACAAUAAACCUGCCGCAGCGUUGACGCAAUGUAUGUUCGACCGAUGCAUUCCCUCGAGACUUCAUUCUCUUAGCAUUUUUAUAUGUACCUUUACCUUUUUGGAUGUGUUUAGCACGAGCAUAGUUUGCGUUAGCGCGUCCGCGACUGCCGCGUCCCCGCGUCGCCGCUGCUUCCUUGUCGUUGUUGUAUGGUGGCUUGGUGCUAGUUUCUUGUACGCGGGAUACUAUUCGCUUCAGUGUCUCGGACCAAAAUCUUUUAAGCUAUUUUGAAUCUUCUUAUCAUUAAUAUUCUUCGCUUUAUGUGUCAAAUAUGUGCGAAUUUGUCGUAACGUAAACGUAUAUUAUUGAUUUAAUCUUGUGUAUAUCAACCUGUAUAAUGGUUUAGAUUUAUCUGAAUAUCUUCUUCUAUAAGAAUAUCUGACAUUCAAUAGUCGACCGGGCUGGGGUGACCGCGCCAUUUGUGGUUGUGUCAAGAAUUUGCUGUAGAUCUAGAUAUCUUCAGAUAGGGAUUAGCGAUGCCAAUAUUGAUUGCCGCCGGAACUCUAAAGAUCGAGAAACCUGCGCCGUCACACCAGCCGGCUUUAACAGGCUGGGUCGUUGUUUGUAUUACACAUUUAUUUUUGUAAGGGCGGGCCAGUGUGAUAUCUAUACUAUGAAAUGGAUAAAUAAAUAUGUAUGAUCUG